AAAUGCUGGGUAUUGGGGUACUACUGAGGAGAAGGAGCUAGCUAGCAAGAGGAACGAAUUGAAGCAGCAUAGCCACAAUCAUCUUCCUCAUCGCUCUCUCUCUUCUUUCAAGUUCGUAGGCAACAUGUACCUCAAUCCAAGAAUCGUAGGGAAUGGCAAGAGGACCGUGGUUCUCUCCCAUGGCUACGGAGCGAGCCAGGCCAUCUGGGACAUGGUGCUACCUCACCUGUCACGGAGGAACAAGGUGCUCCUCUUCGACUGGGACUUCUCGAGCGCCCCCGUCGCCGGCGAGGAGGGGGCGGCGGAGCACAGCUGCUACACGUUCUCAAGGUACGCCGACGAGCUGGUGGCGCUCAUGGACGAGAUGAAGCUUAGCGGCGCGGUGUACGUGGGGCACUCCAUGGCCGGCAUGUUCGGCUGCAUUGCGUCCAUCAAGCGCCCCGACCUCUUCGCCCAUCUCGUCCUCGUCGGCGCAUCCCCGAGGUACAUGAACUCGGAGGACUACGAGGGCGGGUUCGACGAGUCCGACAUCGAGGCAAUGCUGGCCAGCAUCUCGUCGGACUUCCGUCGCUGGGCCGAGGGCUUCGUGCCGCUCAUCGUCGGCAGCGCGGACCCCUCGGCGGUGGAGCGCGUGGCGCGGAGCUUCUUCGCCAUGGACCCGCGCGCCGCGCACGCGCUGGCGCGUAUGAUCUUCCUGGGCGACCAGCGCGAGGUGCUGGACGACGUGGCCGUGCCCUGCACGCUGGUGCACGUCUCCCGAGAUUUCGCCGCGCCGCCGUACGUCGGCCGGUACAUGCAGGCCCGCAUGCUGGUGGCGCGCUGCGCCGCCGCCAUGGUGACCAUCGACUCGUUCGGCCACUUCCCGCAGCUCGUCGCGCCCGACGAGCUGCUCGGGAUCCUCGACCUCGUGCUCGGAGCUGCCGGCACCGCGGACGGCGACGAGGAGGAGACCGCGGAGGCGGCAGCGGCGGCCCUGGCAGAGGAGAAGACUAACGAGGUGCCUUCCGGCGGCCUUGCGGAGGCAGCGCCGGAGGUGAAGGGCGAUAUCGACGUGGCGUCGUAGAGGCCCAUUGCAGCUGGUGCCGCCGUGGCGCCACAGUGCGUGUACCUGCAUGUUCGGCUUGCAUCUGUUGGCGACUUGAUUUGUUACGGUCGACAUUUUAUUUUGUGUGCAUUCAGGUCCCUCCGUUUCAAAAUACUAUUCGUUUGAAAUUUUCUAGAUGCAUAACUUUUACUAUGUAUCUAAACAUAGUACAUAUCUACGUGCAUAUCAAAAGUUAUGGAUUUAGAAAAACCAAAAUGAAUAGUAAUUUGGGAUAGAGGGAGUAGAAAUGUUAGUGUGGCUCAUUCGGGACAUUUAGCUGUUUGUGACAUCCAACAUGUUGCAUUGGUUUACUUUGGUCAAUCGAAGGAAAUGGAACACUGAUUGUUGAAG